AUGACUACCCAGACUAAAGAGCACGAAGAAUCCGAAGAAACCGAGAACUGCGAUGAGUUCUGUAGCGCUGUUCAAGCCAUUAACAUUAAACCCGAAGAGCGGCGUAAGUUUUUACAGUUAAUGGUGAAGGCGCUGCCUAAUCCGAUACUGAACAAAAUAGUGAUUCUUAAGAACAUGCAGUUGGAAAACAAGCGAAGGGCCAUUAUCGAGGGUAAAAUUAAGCCCGAUGAACAUAAAUCGAACUUUAAGGAAGUGGAACCUGUGGACGAGAAGACUGAAUACGAUUUUUGUCGUGGGCUGAAACGUUUCAAAGGAGUGCUGCCCGAUGCAAAGGGGAUUCCCUUUAUUUGGCUACCGGUCUUCCGCAACAUAAUUAUCAGCGACAUGAUAGAGGAACAAGAUGAGCAAGGAUUGCUAAUCGAUGCGUCAGUUCGAUAUUUUCUGGGCAACAAUCCUCAAUCGAAGAAAGGACAUGCCUAUAUAUAA